UCCUUUUGGUGGCGAAACGCAACACGAAGGAGCGGCGCGGCACCUGUCGCCGUCGCCGAACAGUGGCACCACCAGCGGCAGCAGUGGUUUUCCCUUCCCGAGUACCGCACCUGGAAUCCCCCAAUCCGCCAUGGAAGCGCACCUCCCGCCUCCCUUAUUUACUCCUCCUCCUCCUCCUCCUCUCUCCACACCUCGCAUUCCCUCCCCGCUCCCUCCCUCUCCUCUCCCUCCCUCUUCGCCCCGCAAAUCCGAUCGAUUCCGACCCCUCCCAUGGCUCUCCGCGCCAUCGUGUCCCGGAGGACCCUGGCCGCGCUCGGCUCCGGCCUCCGCGCCGAGGCUAGGCUCGCCGCCACCGUUGCCGCCGCCGCCGCGUACCGCGGCCUCGUGACGUUCUCGCUCCCCGAUCUCCCCUACGACUACGGCGCUCUGGAGCCGGCCGUCAGCGCCGAGAUCAUGCAGCUGCACCACCAGAAGCACCACCAGACCUACGUGACGAACUACAACAAGGCCAUCGAGCAGCUGGAGGAGGCCGUGGCCAAGGGCGAUGCGCCGGCGGUCGUCAAGCUGCAGAGCGCCCUCAAGUUCAACGGCGGAGGUCACGUCAACCACUCGAUUUUCUGGAAAAAUCUUAGUCCCAUUCAUGAAGGAGGUGGGGAGCCACCAAAAGGUUCGCUAGGUUGGGCCAUUGACACAGAUUUUGGCUCUUUAGAAGCACUUGUGCAGAAAAUGAAUGCAGAAGGUGCUGCUUUACAGGGCUCCGGAUGGGUGUGGCUUGGUCUGGAUAAGGAGUUCAAGAAACUCGUGGUGGAAACAACUGCAAAUCAGGAUCCGCUGGUAACCAAAGGAGCCAAUCUAGUUCCUUUGAUUGGUAUAGAUGUAUGGGAGCAUGCAUACUAUCUGCAGUACAAGAAUGUGAAGCCCGAUUAUCUGAACAACAUAUGGAAAGUGAUUAACUGGAAAUACGCCAGUGAAGUGUACGAGAAAGAAUGCCCUUGAGCAACGGGAAGUCGGGCUCUCAACCAUCUAAUCUUUGUCGUGAAAAUGAAAUAAAGCUCAUGAACAGCUUAGGGAAAUCCAACGAGGUGUAUUUAGCUACUGUUGUAUCUCAUAUUCGCAUCAUGAGUGAAAGGUGCUGAAAUAAAUCUGAGGCUUUUUCCCCU